AUGUCGGCUUCGAAACAAACCGUGACUGUCUUUACCCCUACCCUAAAUUUACUGAUGUGUACAAUGCCUUGCUUGGAUCCUUUAAUUUCGUAUUAUGAGUUACAAGGUCAAGGAGGCAUUCCAAGGGCUGAAGGUUUUUAUUUAGGAAAUUUAGAUGUUAAUAAUUUCAUUGUGAUUUCUACAUAG